AUGAUUCAGGGAAUCGCUUGCGGUCGGUGGACGGUACAGCAACAUGACAUCAAUCCCGAAUACAGACAUCAAUCUGCCAGGCCUUCGGUACAUGUAGAAUUCGAAAAUACACAUUUCCACUACGAACCCUAUCGCUCAACAGAUGUAACCCUGUCAGAAAAGGCUCGGCGGUUAGAACUGGCUCGGCGGGAAAGAUUGGCCGCUAUGACCCCUGAAGAAAGAAAGGUGGACAAAAUCAUCAGGAAAGAGUUGAGGAAGAAGUUGAGCGACGAAGAGAAAAAGGAACAGAGACGGCUCGAGAUUUUGGAAAGACGACGGGAGGCGGACGAUCCUUAUGUCCAGCAGGAACUUUUCGCCUUGUCAUCUUUUUUAGACGUUCAUCUUUGCACAAAACUCUCAGUUGGAGCUCGUCGGAUGCUUAUCAAUAUUCGGCUAGUGGACGGCUACCAGGGUAAAUUAUGCCGGGAUCUGCUAGAUGAGAAGCUCCCACGCAGACGAGGGGCUUCCCAUGCAUAUGCGUUCGAAGUGGCUGUCAGGGACACACAAACCCGGCGUCGGCUGGCCAAAUCGAGCGAGAGCAGUACGGCAGCCUCUAGCGCUGCCUUGACCAAGUCCGAUGUCUCUAGCUCCGACUCAAGUGCCAGCACGCGGACACUAGGCGCCGGGUCUCGAUCUUCUACCCACACCAACACGUCGUAUUGGCCCCAUUCAUCAAGUUCAACCCUAGGGCCCUCAUCCGAAUCUGGUUUCUCUUCCUCAUUGUCAUAUCGGUCGAGUAACCCAGCCCGGUCUUGGUUCUUCCGAGGAGAUAGGGGAGCAUCGUCGAGUAGCGUGAAUGACUCAUCAUUGGAACCAGGCUCCAGUACGAGCUCCCGUAAUCGAGGAAGGUCCAAAUGGAGGUGGCCACGCAGGCGGAACAUAACGCGAUGA